GCUCAAAAUAGAUAAACAGAGUGAUGAUCAUGGGAUAAAAUUUAACCAAUUCGAAUAAUCAAUCCGGUUAGAAUGGAAACCGAGGGACAAUACAUCACGUAAACCAAAACGACAUACUAUUACGAUGUCGUUUAACCAGAGUCGCAUAAGAAUUUGACGGUUUUACCCUCAAAACCAGCCGUCGUGAAUCGUCGUCGUCCCUCGCUCUCGAUUCAAAAUUCGGAAAAACCCGAUCGCCGCCUCCACCAUGAGCUCCGUGACGGUUCUCGAAGAUGACAAUCACGCUCCUCAAGAGGUUCCGAUUCGUAAAGGAAAAGGGAAAGCGGCGAGCGUUGUGAUGAGCAGCGAACAGAGGAGGAAACUUGCGGAUAUAAGCAACUUGAACACAGAAGAGACGCAUCAGCAACAGAAUCUGCUCUCCUCUUCCAAGGAUUAUCCUGAAAAGCUCCAAAAGGAAAACAUGACAUUGAUGAAAGCUCUAGCUCACAGAAAUAAGAUAAUCGAGCUGAGCGGUGUUGAGUUUCAGAAACUGAAGAUCAACUUACGGAAAGUGCAGGAGAAUAAUAUGCAUCUUGCACAGGCGAACACUCAUAUGUUGGCGGAACUCAAUACAAACAGAGACAGACUGAAGCUGCUUCAGCAUGAACUUGGCUGCAAGAAUGUAUUACUCGGGGUUAGGAAGAAAAUGCAGCUUGAGGAGCAAGAACCUCCAUGUACUCAUCACCCCUCGAAACAUAAGGGGGUUGAUAUGAAUCAGAAAUACACCAAGAGAAAGCGAACGUCAAGGAUAAAAGGUUAUCUGUUUUUUUUUUUAUUUACAGCUUCAGAAACCCUUUUGGCAUACUUAUCCUAUAUCCUUUCAUUUUCAGCUUCAGAAAGCUCUAUCGUUAAAGAGAACGCAAACACUAAAAGGAAAGUUUCUGGAGUCAGAGAUACUACUGUUAUCCCCGAACUGACCUGUCAGACUGAAGGUGACAUUGAAAAGGGGGUUGUCUCUCAAGGGGCAAACCAAAAUGUUGGCAAUACUAUCAACAAGAAGUUUGUUCUUGAUGCAGCCAACCCCGUAAAGGCCAGUGUGCGUAGCAAGAGGCAAUGCUUACGAAGGACAUCUGCAAGGUUUGCUGUUCAAGAAACUGAACAAACGGAAACACUAAUUGUGAUGGAUAAUGCCAAAGAAACUAAAGAAAUAGCAAGGCUCUCAUUGAGAAGACGGUCUGCUCGGUUAAGGCCCGAAGAAGCUGAACCAUGUAAAAGCUUCCAUGUGAGGGGCGAAGUCAGGAAGACGACCAAGAGGAGAAGAGUCUCUUCAAGACAACAGUCUUCAAUGUUUGAUUUCCAAGAACCGGAAGUGACCGAAACCUUGAAUGCUGAUGAUGCAGGAAACUUAGUAAGCGAAGGAUCAAGUUCCGAAGCUGUAGAAGAACCAUCUGAAAGCAGACAUGACACAAAAAAUACAAACGGGAAACGCAGAGUCUCGACGAGAAUGCAAUCAACAAAGGGUAAAUCUCAGACAGCUUCAGACACCAAUGGAGCCAUCAAAGAUAUAGUGACAGAGUGUGAUCUGUUACCAUCAACGGCGUCUCAGGGGGACUUAGAAAGAGAAUCAAAAAACAAGUCUAGAGCUGAAGAAGCCGAAGGAAUAAUGAGAAGAACAUCUGUGGCAAGAAGGCCAUCAAGACAUGCAGCAGAGAAAGUCCAAUCAUACAGAGAAGUCUCACUAAAAGUGAAAAUGCGGCGAAACUUCUAAAGUUGUUAAGAAGCUUACUUAUAGUGCGGCAAAAAACACUUUUUACUUUUCUUGUUUCACCGAUAUUUUAGAUGAUUAUGUGUGCUCUAAUUUCUCUCUACAUAUACGUUUCUUAUCCUGCUAUAUAAAGAUCACGUAGAAUAUA